AUGAAGUCCGUUCACUUUCUCGUCGCUCUGUUUAUUCACAUGGCGACUGCCCUUUCGGGUCGCCGCUCUGGUGUUAGCCAUGGUCAUUCACUCCAGAGACGUGCUGCACCUGUACCGGGUAAGAAUGGUAUCUGUUAUACCUAUACCAUUCAACAAGGGGAUAACUGCGCAACGCUUAGCGAUCGCUACCAUGUUACUACUGCCGAUAUCGAAGCAUUCAAUACUGGUUCCUGGGACUGGCGGGGCUGUUCCAAGAUGCAGCAGGGCGAUUUCGUUUGUCUCAGUUCGGGUGCUUUUCCAAUGCCGGUUGCUCUUCCACAGGCUACCUGCGGUCCACAGGUGCCUGGGACGAUGCGACCUGACAACUAUGCCAACCUCGCCGCACUAAACCCAUGCCCUUCAGAUAAAUGCUGUAAUAAAACAGGUCAAUGCAGUACCAGCUCGGCCUCUUGCGAUGUGGCCCAGUCAUGUAUCUUCAAUUGUGGAGCAAAGAGUCCGACCAAGCAAAGCACUGCCAACAGCGGUACUAGGACCACUGCAUCCAAGCCUUCCGCAGUUUCGACCACCACAAAGGCAAGCACAAUCUCAAGUUUGCAUACAACUUCGAAGGUGACGACGAGUUCAAAGACAAGCACAACUCUCAAAGCGACUACAACUUCCAAGGCGACCACCACUUCAACCAAAACCACCAAAAAGGAAGUCCCAGCAACAAAAACCACCAGCGAGGUGAAUCCAACGGAAACUUGGCAGCUCACACUCUAUGAGGACGCAGAUUGCAAAGGCAAUUACUUCUCUAUCCAGGGCCACGAGAACAAGUUCGAGGGGAAUUGCAUCACUCUCUCCGAGGACACCAAUACCGAGAUCUCGGAUACAACUACCUCCUGCCGGUGGUGGACUCAGGGUGGCCUUAAUUGGUCCACGUGCUCCUCCAGUAAACUGACGAAGCCUAAGUCAUGGUUUGUCGAUGCUUGUGAGUGCUACGUAUACAUCGACAAGAAGUGUAAACAGCUCGGUGGACUAGCCUAUGCGCCUUGGCAAAAAUGCCAAAAGAGCCAGACGUCGAAUUUGAAUAAUCACUCGCCAUGGGGCUCGAUGAUUUGUUGGUAUAGCGAACGGCCCGGGUGA